AUGACCCGACUCCAAUUUCUUGCUGCUGCUCUAUUUCUUUACUGUACCCUGAUCAUAACAAUGUCCGGCCAAUUUCAUUUCAUUCAUGCAAAACCUAGGGGAUUGAGCCUAAAGAUCAUCCCUAGGGACUGCCCAGAGUCUCCUUUAUAUGCUGGAAACCUGACGCUCCUAUCGUACCAGCCUGAGGAAAUUCGACUUCGACUGCUUGUCCAAGGCCUUUUCUUUUUGGUGCAGGUAGGCAUUGGAACACCAGAGAAACACGUGUUUUUAUUCGUGGACACAGGUGGUGGCCUGAUUUGGACGCAGUGCGAGCCAUGCAUCAACUGCUACCCGCAAGCAUAUCCCAUUUACGACUCAACUGCUUCCAUUUCUUACAGAAAGCUCCCCUGCAAUCACCCACUCUGUCAAGGUGACAGUGCCCUCUACCAAUGUCUCGAUGGCGAAUGCGUUUAUAACUAUGGCUAUGGCAGCGGAGAGACCACCAAAGGCAUUGCAUCUUUGGAUACAUUUGAGAUUUUAGUUGGUGAUCAAACUACUACUGAGUUCAUUCCUGAUGUAAUCUUUGGUUGUUCCAAGGAGUCCAAUUUUCCUCAAUUUGCCAGUACUGGUGUCAUUUCUGGGAUCUUGGGAUUGAACCUGUCGCCGGAUUCUCUGGUGAAUCAGCUGUUUGAUGACGAGGACCGGCGUUUCUCUCAUUGCUUUGUGCCUUUUCUUGAUGCAAUGAUGUCUCCUAGUUUCCUAAAAUUUGGCGAUGACAUUCCCCCGCCGCCGGCAAACAUUCAGACAACCCCAUUUGUGACACCACCGGGGAAGUAUCUCUACUAUUUGAAUUUACUGGAUAUAAGUGUUGGUACUCAUCGCAUAGGAUUCCAUCCAGACACUUUCAAAAUCCAGCAAGAUGGCUCGGGUGGUUGUAUUAUAGACUCUGGAACUCCGAUCACUCAAAUCGAUCAAAACACUCUUAUGAUCGAUGCAUUUUACGUGGUGAUGACUGCAUUUCAGUAUUAUUAUGAUUCGUUCAGCCAGCUUCAGAGAAUUGGCACGCCGCCGGAACGUUUUGAACUUUGUUACCUGUACCAACCGGAUUUCGAGGAGUUUGCCACAAUGACGUACCAUUUUGAAGGUGGAGACUACUUUGUGGAUUCAAAGUACGUAAACUAUUUCGCCCAGGGAGGAUAUUUCUGCGUAGCACUGAGGGAAGGAAAUGGGAAAAGUAUACUGGGAGCAUGGCAUCAGCAAAAUAUGCGCAUUACUUAUGAUGUCAAUGGCGGUGCACUGCAUUUUGCCACCGAGAUUUGUGCUAAUAAUGAUUCUAAUUGA